GAGGCCUAACACGUGUCACAUUGCCUCACACUACGCAGCUGAGGAGAGCCAGGUGUCGGGCACGCGCCUCCAGCUGCCUCAGCGCUCGUCCACGAGCGCGUGAACACCUGACCACUGCAGUGGGGUGGGGGUGGAGAGGGGAGGGUGGGGGUGCACACAGCCGGCUGAUUGCUCUCAUAGACAACUGGGCUCCUCUGCAGACCCUCCUGUUGGUGUCCUUCGGCCGGUAUGACGGAUGAGGAGGUGUUAGCAUCCGAGUCUCAGACGGUUGACAGCGGCCUGCUGCGGGACUACAGGCGGCCGACUCGGCUGUACUGCAUGAAUGGCGGACAUCACCUCCAGAUCCUGCCCGAUGGGACGGUGCAGGGCCAGAGGGAUGACAGGGACGCUUACACCGUCUUAAAGCUCAAAGCUGUCGACAGAGGAGUGGUGGUCGUCCAUGGAACAGAGGCCGGGCGAUAUCUGGCCAUGAGCAAUGAGGGGCAACUGUACAGCUCACUCACGGUGACCGAUGAAUGUUACUUCCUGGAGAAGUUGGAGGAGAACCACUACAACACGUACCUGUCUCAGAAGCACCAGGAGAGGAACUGGUACGUAGCUCUGAAGAAGAACGGAAAACCUAAACCGGGUCCAAAGACUCACAUCGGACAGAAGGCCGUCUUCUUCCUGCCCCGACAGCUGUGUGACUCCGGGCAGUGAACGCACUCGGCACACGGCGAUACCUCAACCCUAAUGGGUGCAAAGCUGCUCCAGGAUGGAUCCUUUAUUCUCUUCUCACCAUUUUAGUUCGUCCCAUGGGCCAGAACACGAUAUGAAGCAGCGGUGUGAGAACGGUUCAUGAAAACAAGUCAGUCAGGAUCAAAUGUGUCUGGGAAUUUUUGUUAGGACUAAUAUUUGCAUUAAAAGAGUAGCUGGUCCUUCGCCCGGGGGUUAUGCAUCAGAGCUUUAGGACUGAGCAUGUCGCCGUCUUUUUGUCCGCUAACACAACAUCCCGUUUGAUUAGGUAGCAGGUCUUCUUAUUACACAAAAGAAAACAAGCAGACAGUAUCGUCAGCAGACACAGACCCUGAGCCUGUCAGCACUGAUUCUCCUGAUUUCAGCCCGAUUUCUUCUAAUUAUACA